AUGGCAUCAGUUGGUAAAAUGGGCUUGCAAAAGUAUUUACUACAACUGCAGCAACACCCUUUGAGAACCAAGGUGAUAACAGCGGGAUUUUUGUCGGCGAUUAGUGAUGUAGUCGCGCAGAAGCUUUCGGGCAUUCCGAGGCUCCAGCUCAAACGCCUUCUUCUCAAAGUGAUAUUUGGGGCCGCAUAUCUUGGUCCAUUCGGGCAUUUUUUUCACAUUGCGCUCGAUAAAAUAUUCAGAGGAAGGAAGGAUAAAAAGACUGUAGCAAAGAAGGUGGUGCUCGAGCAACUGACAUCUUCACCUUGGAACAACUUGCUUUUCAUGCUAUAUUAUGGGUUUGUUAUCGAAGGCAGACCUUGGAUCCAUGUAAAGUCUAAAAUUAAGAAAGAAUAUCCAACUGUUCAGUAUACGGCAUGGACUUUUUGGCCUGUGGUUGGAUGGGUGAAUCAUCAAUAUGUGCCAUUACAGUUCCGAGUUAUUGUCCAAAGUGUCGUUGCCUGUUUUUGGGCAAUCUUUCUGAAUCUAAGGGCAAGAUCAAUGGCGCUGACCAAAGGUUAA